UGCCAUGGAGUUGUAUAAUGAUUUCAAAAUCAUUGCACAAGGUUGUCAUGUUCAAGCUAAUGGAGACUUGGGGUAUAAGGUAGUUGAGGGUAUUGAUAGGCAUGUUGUGAGUCUUGCUAGUAAGAAAUGCACAUGUAGGACAUGGGAUUUGACAGGAAUACCGUGUGCUCAUGCCAUUAAAGCUUUUUAACAUGAUAAACAAGAACUAGAGAAUAAGAUACACCAGUGGUAUUCAAAAGAUACUUAUAUGUUGUUGUAACAACAUAAAAUACAACCAGUUAGGGGUGAGAAAUUCUGAAAAGUUCAUCCUUCACUUGCUAUGGAGCCACCAGGAAUACAUAAAAUGGUUGGAAGACCAAAACUUUUGAGAGCAAGGUAGAAAAACGAGGUAAGGAAGAGAGAAGGAUUGUGGUAAAAAAGUAGAAAGGGGCUGAAAAUGACAUGUGGCCACUGCAGUGCAACAAGUCACAAUUUAAGGACAUGUCCUAUACUUCAAAGAAGAGAAGAAGUUUUUCAAGUUGUGCCACUGUCAGCAACCCAACCCAGUGAAGAAUCCGCCUUCAUGAUAACUCCUGGAUUUUCUGCAUCUUCUAGUCAACUGAUAUGCCAACCAAUUGAUGAAGAUGAAAUUGGAGAUGAGCUUGAAGUCGAGGAUGAGCAACCCUUGCUUAGGCCUAGGGCUUUAUAUGAAGCUAAGACAAGGCUGAAAAUAAAGAAGUUACAGCAAAAACCAACUGCUACAAGGAAGAUUAACUUCGGGGUGAUGAAAACGGUGUUAGUAUACCUACUAAUCUGCCAUAUUCACCAAGAAAGAUAACUUGGAAAGGAAAAUCUUGUGUUACUUCAAGUCAAUUGGCAACAGAAAAAGAGAAAAAGAUUAGCAAACUGAAGACAAAGAGGGGCAAACACUAAGGAACAACAAUUAUACAUAUGUAGUGAUUCUAAGUUUUUGAGGAUGUUAUGUAAUAACAUGGCACAAUGAAUUUUCGUUUUUGGUAUUUUGAAUCAGUCUUGAAGUAACUUGAUUGUAUUGAUUCACUUUAAAAUAUUUGGGUGCUUAUUAUCUUGAUUGGUUUGA